CCUAUCGAACACUUUUCACUGUGACUCACAACAAGCAGCGUUUUGUACAUGGAUAAAUAAGCAUCAAAUUCGAGGAAACUACGUUUUACCAAAACGUUUUAAGGAUUUUAUUUCUGCAACUCUGUAGAAAUAACUACACUGUGAAGGAAUAGUUUGAUGUUUACUUUUCAGCUUAGAUAGCGAUUGCAUUUUAUUUUGUUGUAGCUGUGGACUAUAUAGCUAAAUAAUGCUAACAUGAUGAAUAACCCGCAAGCAGAGAGGAAAUCCAUGUAUACUCAAACACGAAGUAAUGAGUACAAAAGUAGCGAUAAAACCAGUCCCAUCAGUGUUAUUUUGGUGAGCUCUGGCAGCCGGGGGAAUAAACUGCUCUUUCGUUACCCUUUCCAAAGAGUCCCUGACAGCCCGUCGUCUUUGACAGCAAAGCAGAGAAGUCGAUAUGCUCUCAACACAUCUGGAGACGGACCAGAGGAUCAAGAUGGUGAUUCAAGAGAACACUCUUCACUAACUGACGAACAGUUGGUUGCAGGGUUCUCUGACAUCAUUCUUGCUACCAUCCUGGCCACCAAAUCUGACAUGUGUGGAAAGAAGUUUGAGCUGAAGAUUGACAAUGUUCGCUUUGUUGGUCACCCAACACUCCUUCAGCAUCCUCCUGUCAUCCAGGGUUCUAAAACCGACCCAUCACCUAAAAGAGAAAUGCCUACAAUGAUCCUGUUUAAUGUGGUUUUUGCCUUAAGGGCUAACGCAGACCCCUCAGUCAUCAGCUGUAUGCACAAUCUGUCCCGGCGCAUCGCUAUAGCCCUGCAACAUGAGGAGCGCCGCUGUCAGUACCUGACCAGAGAAGCCAAACUCAUGCUCUCAGUUCAAGAUGAAAUCACCACCAUGACUGAAACAGAUGGAAGUCCCCAGUCUCCUUUCAGACAAAUCCUUCCAAAGUGUAAACUCGCAAGAGAUCUGAAGGAUGCCUAUGAUAGCCUUUGCACAACUGGAGUGGUGCGUCUCCAUAUAAAUAACUGGCUGGAGGUGAGCUUUUGUUUGCCCCACAAAAUUCACCGGAUAGGAGGCUAUUACAUCCCACCAGAAGCCUUAGAAAGCAGUCUAAAAGCCAUAAGGCCUUAUCAUGCCCUGCUGUUGUUGGAGAGUGAAAAAGUGUUGCUAAGUCAGCUCCCUCUGGACUGUUCUCCAGCGAUGGUCCGCCUCAUCAAAACCUGCUCUCCUGUGAAAAACCUGCAGCAACUGGCCCAGGACGCUGACCUGGCUCUUCUCCAGAUUUUUCAAAUUGCUGCUCAUUUGGUUUACUGGGGCAAAGCCAUAAUAAUUUAUCCACUAUGUGAGAAUAACGUCUACAUGCUGUCUCCUCACGCCAACAUCAGCCUAUACUCUCCACUGGCAGAGCAGUUUGCCCAGCAGUUUCCUGGCCAUGAUUUGCCCUCAAUGUUAGCAAAGUUUUCACUGCCAGUAUCACUGUCUGAGUUCAGAAACCCAUUGGAAGCUCCUGCACAAGAGGCCAAUUUAAUACAGAUGGUGGUGUGGAUGCUCCAGCGGCGCUUGCUAAUCCAGCUGCACACAUAUGUUUGUCUGUUGGUUCCUCCAAGUGAAGAUGAGCCCAGCCUUAAAGAUGAAGACCCCCUGUUGCCACCGCGAGUCGGCGGCCGCAGCCUAAGCACGCCUAGUGCUCUCAGCUUCGGAUCACCCACCAGCAGUGAUGACAUGACCCUGACCAGCCCCAGUAUGGACAACUCCAGUGCAGAGCUGGUGACGGGAGGGGACUCACCGCUCAACAAAAGGAUGACAGAAACUCUACUGUCCAGUCUGUCAGAGCACGAGAGACAGGUCAUACUAAACAUCCCGGCGGCACAGAAUCCUGAAGAUCUACGAAUGUUUGCCAGGCUGUUGCACUACUUCAGGGGACAUCAUCACCUGGAGGAGAUUAUGUACAAUGAGAACAUGAGGCGCUCACAGCUCAAGACUUUGUUUGACAAGUUUCGAAGUGUCCUUGUGGUGACCAACCAUGAAGAUCCCAUUAUUUCAAUCUUUCAGUCGCCAAUGGAGAAAUGACGACAAAAAAGUGCUAGCUCUAGCCUUUUUUGAGAUACCUGAUGUUACCUUACAUUUUAAUUUGGGGUGUAAUGAUAUUGGCGAUAUCAAGAUAUCGUUGUGGUCUCGUCACAUUAUUAAACUGUAUGUCUUUAGGCAAAAAUAUGAAUUUUCAGGCUGCUCCUGUUAUGCAUAGCUCAGUAAACUACAUGGACCAUAAUCCUUUGUGGCCGCAUCAUCGGCCUGUGCGCCCGUUGUGGACGCACCAUGACUUUUAAUUCUGAGGUCUAAAAGCAUUUUGGGUAGACAGCUUCACAUUGAAGGCAUUGAAUUUUGUGAUUCAAAGUGCAAUGGCACAUUUUUGAGAUGUCCCUUACUAAGUUAUGGGUCGUUCCAGAUGAAAUCGGCCCUUUUCAAGGAAUCUCCCCUAUGAGCCAUUUCAGAUUUGGCUGAAAAAAAUUCAAAAUAUUUCUGAAAUUAUCAAAUGAAAGAAGCUAAAAUUUUAGAUCAAUCACUACAGUCAUUCCUGUAUUAUGGCCUGUCGAAAUUUUUCAGAAACCUCAAUUUGUAAGCAUUUUUGAAAGACCAUAACUUCAUGAAAAAUAGAGCUAGGAAAGUGAAAAUUUUUAUUAUUGUAGAUUCUCGGUCAUAGAUUCUAAAUCUGUUGUUGGUAUCUUUAUUAGAGGGGGUGCUGUGGCCCCCAAAUUCUCAAAUUUGGUUGCUACUCAAUUUUUGUUUUAGUUUUUGAGGUCCAAGAUCUAUUUACUCCAAGCAGAUAUUUAAAAACUAACUGCUGAACCUCAAUAUUUGAGAGAAUGACCAUUUCUGACAGCAAUCUCACACUAUUCUUAGCUUUCAAUGUGGAUAGUGUGAAGUCCCAAAUAUGGUCACAGACCAAAUUUGACCUUUUUGGCCCCUUCUCUGGACGCUCAGUUCUUCAUGUGGGCACAAUUAGAUGCUGAUAAAAUUGACCAGAGAAACUUUGGAAUAUUCUGAUUAGUUUAAAGUAAUAAAAACAUCUACUAUUAACUUACUUCAUUUCAAACAGAAUUUUUUAAAAUGAGCUCUCACGGGUAAUUUUUGGUGGAGCUUCGGUACUUUUCCACCUGCUAGAAAUGUUAAAUUACCUUUAGUUGCUUGCAAAUAUCUGCUUGGAGUAGAUAUCUGCAAGCAGAGCAGAGCUUUCACAGCAGAGCUUUCAGCUUCUUAGCUCUAUUUUUUAUGAAGUUAUGGUCUCUCAAAAAUGCUUAUAAAUUAAGGUUUCUGGAAAAGUGGGCAUGGCCCCAAAAUUUCAACGUGCCAUAACUCAGGAACGACUGAAGGGAUUGAGCUAAAAUUUUAGAUUCUUUCAUCUGGUAAUUUUUUUCAGCCAAAUCUGAGAUGGCUCAUAGGGGAGGGCUGCUGAUUUCAUAUGGACGGACCCUUAUUGCUUCCCCAAGCCAAUUAAAAGAGAUUAUAUUCUUAAAAGGAAUUUUGAAAAGAAAGAUCUUAAAAUAAUUAGAACAAAUUAUCUUUCCUUUCCAGUUCCCCCUAAAGUAAAGGAGGCACAAUUUAAAUUUUUUAAUAAAAUGUAUCCAACCAAUGAAUUCCUAAAACAAAAAUUCUAAUUUGAGAUGGGUAAAUGCGUGUUCUGUGACUCAAAAAACAGCUUGCUCCUAGUGCGUUGAUGCGGUCAGCUUCUGUCUUCUGUCGGACUUACUCUGCGACGCUACUGACUACAGUUUUAUUACAAUUAUUUAUUUGUUACUUGAAUUUUGCACUUCAACUUCAAAGGCUUUUCAAGCUGUUGAAAAUAUCACCGAUAUGAAUUUGACAAUAAAUGCUGUACCAAAUGACUGGGCAAAGCAUUUAAUAAUAUUAGUCGUCUUAUUAUGUAUAAUAUCGUAAUAUCGUGAGCCUCCCCACCAUAUUGUGAGCUUUCCCACGAUAUCGCAAUAAAUAUCGUAUCGUGAGAUUCAUACCAUGUCAAUAUCGUAUCGGGAGACUUGGAUAUCAUUAUGCCCCUAAUUUUAAAUUAACAAUAAUGAUUUUGUAUUGACAUUGUCUUUAUGAGCCAAAUAAUAUUUACACUAUUAAAUUAUUUUGUAUAAAUCA